UAGUGGUGAGCAGAAGAAAAAAUAGUAGUUCUUUGUUUCGUCAUCGGUUUUUGGAAAUUUUUAAACAUUUAACUUAUUUAUUUGUGGUGAAAAAUAUGAAAUAUCGGUAGUAGAAUAAGUAAAUAAUAAUAAAUCAUUAAAUAUUUAUGUGAAAAACAUAAGUAGAGUAUGAAAAAAACACUUUCAUAUGUGCAGCAGUUGGAUAUGCAAAAAUGAAAAAACUUACAUUGCAUUUGGUGAAUAUGGAAUAAAAAGAAGUAGAUGAAAGCGUAUGAAAUAAAGCAGCAAUGAGAUUUAGGUGAUCGAAUGCAAAUACGUUUGAAUAUAGAAAGAGUGUUAGAGGAGGGGCAGGUUAUGUAGAAGUAAAUAACAGGAAGUAUAAAAGUACAUAGAAAUAAAAGUGCAACUGUUCUGUGCUGCUGAACACUUUUGUGCUGUGGAAGAAAAAAAAUUUAAAACAACUACAUAUAACAAUAACCCCGAUAGUCCAAUUAUUGUGACAUAUUUACAUAUGUAGCCAUCGUACAAGAGAAAAUGAAGAAUGUAAUAUAAAUACGCAUGUAUUUAUUUAUGUGGAUACUCAUAAUUAUAUCAUUGUCAAUUUUUGUUGGCGCAUUACUGAGGUAAACAACAAACUCAAAUAAAAGCUAUCAAAUACAUGACAAGAAGCAUAUGUACAUCAAAGAAAAACGUACAUUUUUUGUGAAGCAGACGAUACCGCUCUGAGCAGCUGCUAAAGCAAAGGUAAGAGCACCUAAAUCGGCUGAGCGGAGAGGCACAAACAAAAAAUAAGUAGAAUCUCAACGGCGGCUGUUUCAAAAGCUUGCGGACCUAAGAAUUAACGAGAGCGUUUUAGCGCGACGAGAGUGUUUUGUUGACGUGCGUGUAAGUAAAGAAACUCAAAAUUGAUAGAAAUAACAAGAAGGCUGCUGCAACUGGUACCUCUUCCGAGGACCAGCCGCCGCGCAAAAAAGGACGACGUUCAGCAGGAGGAUCAACGGCAGCAGCCGCAGCGGGAGCUUCGAUAACGACGACCGGAUCCGCAGCAGCAGCAGCAGCAGCAAUAGCAGUAACUGGUACAAGUGGAAGUAGUAGUCUCAGUACGAUUGCGUCUAUUGACGCAGACACAGCGUCGACUUCACGAGCGGCACAACAGCAGCAAUCAAAUCAAAAUCAAAAUAAUCGCGAGAAACAAAAUAGAGGUGAACCAAAAAGUAAUAGUUGCGUAAACAUCGAAACAAGCGAGAAUUUACAAGAAAAUACAACAACAAACACUUCGAUUAGCAGUGAUAGUGUUGUGAGCGUCGUCAGUGGCGCAGUCGUUGACCGUAACAUUGAAGUACUUGAAAAUAAUAAUAAUUGUAAUAGUGGUAGCAUAACAACGAAUAUGCAAAAUUCAACACUGAAUCCUACAUUAUCGAGCACAUCCUCAUCUGGAUCGGGUUCGGUUGGGGGUUCCGCGUCAGUGACCGGGUCUGGUGUGCCUUCGGUUGGCAAUUCAUCAGCAGCAAAUUCGGCAACUGAUGUAGCUGGUAGUACGGUGGGGCAUGUCGGUGACUCUUCAGCUAAUAUACCUAGCUCUGUAAAUUCAUCAACUUCAACAUCAAAUGGACACGACACAAAACACAAUGGUUUCACCGGUACCAAUGAGAGUGGCACUGUGGACCUACAAAACAAUCACGAUCAAUCAAUCGUGCCUAUUGCCAAUCAUAAUUUGCAUUUGGACAAGUCUAAUCAGGAGAUAAUACGUUUGAUUGGCCAAUAUUUGCAGGAUAUAGGAUUGGAGAAAUCGGUAAAGACUCUAAUGACAGAAUCCGGUUGUUACCUAGAACAUCCAGCUGCAUCAAAAUUUCGAGAGCAUGUCUUGUCUGGAGAGUGGAACAAAGCUGACGUUGACUUAAAGGAACUGGAACCACUCAUUGACAAUGGCAAACCGUCGACUAUCAUCGAAAUGAAAUUUUUAUUAUUAGAGCAAAAGUACUUGGAAUUUUUGGAUGAUGGCUGUCCAUUGGACGCUUUACAUGUGUUACGUAAUGAGCUUACACCGUUACAACACAACACUUCACGUGUUCAUCAACUUUCCUCAUAUAUGAUGUGUUCGAAUAAUCAUGAUCUCUACCAACGCGCCAAAUGGGAGGGCAAAGGCAUAUUGUCACGUGCUGUGGUUAUGGAUCGUUUACAGGCAUUCCUACCACCAACAGUAAUGAUGCCACCACGCCGUUUACGUCACUUACUCCAACAGGCUGUUGAAUUGCAAUCGGAACAUUGCGAUUUUCAUGACAUGGCGUUUAAAACAAAUUUACAAAAUAUCUCAUUACUUAGUGAUCACACCUGUGACACAGAUGGCUUUCCUAUGCAAACUAUACAAGUGCUCACCGAUCAUUGUGAUGAGGUUUGGUAUUGUAAAUUCUCCCCAGACGGCCUUAAACUCGCCACAGGCAGCAAAGACUCCAGCGUUAUUAUUUGGGAUGUGGACCCAUAUAAAUUGUCACUAAAGCAUCGUCGCAUAUUGGAGGCACAAUCCAAUAUAAGUGUGGCUUUUGUUAGCUGGAGUCCAGAUUCGAAAUUAUUAUUGGUGGGUGGACCUGAUGAUACACCCGAAAUAAGCAUAUGGAAUGUAGACGAUGGCAAACUCAUACUAAAAAUGUCGCAAUCAGUGGAUGACAGUCUAUCAUGUGGUGCUUUCAGUCGUGAUGGUAGUCGCUUCGUUUGUGGCGGUCAAAAGGGGCAGUUCUACUUGUGCGAUUUGAGUGGAUCAAUUCUUAAUACUUGGGAAGGUGUACGAAUCAAUAGCGUUGCCUACCGCGCUGAUAAUAAGACUAUCAUAGCAUCAGAUAAUCACUAUCGUAUCAGAGGCUACAAUUUCGAAGAUCCCGGCACGGAUUUCGAUAUUCUCAAAGAACCACAUCCGAUAAUGACAUUUACCGUAAAUUCUGCCGAUCGUCUGGCCUUGCUCAACAUUUCCAGCCAAGGACUUCAUUUAUGGGAUUUGGAGGACAAGUGUUUAGUACGUCGGUUUCAGGGCAUUCGUCAAAGCAAAUUCGCCAUACAUUCAUGCUUCGGUGGGGUAAAUGAAAGUUUCGUGGCGAGUGGAAGCGAAGAUAAACUGGUUUGUAUUUGGCAUAUAAAGCGCGAAGAGCCAUUGGGCAAACUGGCGGGUCAUACAAAAACAGUGAAUUGUGUUUCCUGGAAUCCUAUGUUUCCGUCCCUCUUGGCAUCAGCUAGUGACGAUGCAACCGUACGUAUUUGGGGCCCGAAAUCGCACAGUGCCAACGCCACACCCGAAAGUGAUGACUGUUCAUCUUGUUCAUCAUCAUCGUCAUGGAAUAUGACAUCGUAAUUUAGCACACUUACGCAUAUACACACCAUAAAAGCGGUAAUCAAUAGAAAAAGCACACUAUUAUCGCUAUAGCCACUUAGAUAAAACAACUAAAAUAGCAAUACAAUAGUAAUAACAACAAUCUAUAAAGAAGGUUAAUGGACAAAACAAAACCAAACAAAAACUAAUUGGAAAUUAACAGGCAAGCAGCAAUUAUCAUUUAAAAAUAAAACUAUUUAAGAAAAUAAAAUAUUUAUAUGAAAUUUAUUGAAAAACUAAAAAACUGAAGGUGCGUAAAGAGCUUGCUGCACUUUUCGAAAUUGAUUUCGAAAACAAUGCUCGGCUAUAUAUCGCUACAUUUAAUGGUUAGAUUAAUCGAGUUGUUGAAAAAAUGUCUGAGAAAUGAUUUCGCCAUUAGAUUUUAAGACAGGCAGAACCGAAACAGCCCGAUGUGCCCAUUUUUUUCUUUUCAAAUAUUAACUAACUAAAGGUAAAGGCCACAAAUAAAAUGCAUACAAGUAAUAAACAUAUGCAUUAAAUAGCAAAAAAAAAAUUGUAUCAGAGAAUUUGUUACAACAAAUAAAUAAUUAUGAAAAUAUAUAAGCCUGAAUGCAAAGAGAACUAAAAUUCAUCCAAUUGAAGCGAAAAAUUAACGAAUAAAUACAAAACUAAGAAAAAAUUAAAUAUAGCAAUUAAACUGGUUUAUAAUUAAUAUAUGUAAUAAGCGUUAAUAGUAAUUAAACGAAAAUUAGUAUUGCAACGGGUUAGCAAGGAGAUUUGCAGUGGCGUGCAUAAUUUGAUAUAUUUAAAACAACCAAUUUAAAUAAUCUAAUUUUUUAAACAUUAUAAUGUAACAUGUUUUGAGUAUUAUGCUCAAUGUUAACAACUUGAAAAACUCGAUCAACUAACAACUAACCUAUAAUUUAGCACAGUAACGACCCAAACUGUCGCUGUUAAAACAGUUGCUUUAAAUAUUACAGAACUGUUAUAAAGCUUAACUGUCAUACGCGUUUAGCAGUCUUUUUUAAUAUGUUGAGGUUUUUUAAUUUUUUUAUAUGUAUGCGUUUUUUGAUUGAAUAUUUUUUACACACAAGCAAAUAGUAUACACAAUAAGUAAAUAAAUAAAAAAAAUAAUUUUUACUUGACAAUUUAUAUGUUUUGUUUAGCGAUAAUAGCAUCAUAGCGCUUAAGCUAGCUUUUAAUAUACAGAAUAAGAAACUAUCAAUGCGCCCUUUUAAUUAACUUAAUAACUUAAAUCAAUGAAGUAUAUCAUCAAUUUAUGUGCGCCACACUAUCCAACUGUGCUACUUUCCCUUCUUAGUUAUUUAAAAAUCAUAUAUUAAAUUAGAACUGUUCUUAAGUGAUUAUAUAUACGAUAGUAUAUAUAUACAUAUAUACCGAAGUAAAAUAUAUAAUAGAAAAGGGGGGGUUGGUUGGCGGAGAAAUGCAAAACAAUAUAAGUACGAAAGGUCAGCCUACAAAAUGUAUAACAAAUUAAAAAAAAAACAGAUUUUGAGCAGCAUAGACUAACAACGGGUCAAGAAUGUAACAAAUUAAUAACACAUAUUUCAUGCACACAAGCAAAAAAAA